ACAGAAGCGGAAAGGGCGGCUCCCCCUUGCUCCUCCUCCCCACCUCCUCCCUACCUCUAGGAGUUUAGGGCCGGGCCAUCCCAACGGGCGGCCCCUCCCAAAACUCACUGUUUGGACAGGUGUUGGGCGUCGCUAGGCGCCGACGAAGAACUUCUUUCCAGUCCAUGGCCGACUCCCGCGCAGCAGCUUCUGCAUUUGCUGUUUCCUACCUGUUCCACCCCUACCAGCUCAGGCGUCAGCACCGCAAGGCCCCGUAAAGGUUCAUGAACUGGAAUGUAAGAGGCACCAGAGGAUUCCUGCUCUGUCCCCUAGGUUUGCGGCUUGCGACGUUGGACAUCCCCGGAUUGUUGUUUAAUAGAGAAAACUCACCUGCCUUGCUAUUAAGUAGCCCCAAAAGCAGAACCUUGAUUUGUCUGUAAGGAAGAAACACAAACCUUUUAAAAAGUUGCACUUCGACUCUCCACCGCCGACCCCCAAUCUCUUUAAUUUUGCUAUAGGAGAGGGGUUUUUUCAACAUCUCUCUCACUAUCUGGUGUUGAUCUCACUGCAUAAUGACUUUCUAUUUGUUUGGUAUUCGAAGCUUUCCUAAGCUUUGGAAGAGCCCAUACCUUGGGCUAGGCCCAGGGCACUCUUACGUCUCUCUCUUUCUGGCAGACAGCUGUGGCAUCAGGAACCAACAGAGGUUGUUUUCUCUUAAAACAAUGUCUCCACAGAAUACCAAAGCAACGGAUGUGAUUGCCAAGGCCAGAUAUCUCAGGAAAGAUGAGGGCAGUAAUAAGCAAGUUUAUUCUGUUCCUCAUUUUUUUUCAGCUGGAGCAGCUAAGGAGAGAUCACAGAUAAAUUCUCAAAGUGAAGAUCAUGCCUUGGCACCUGUGAGGAACACUAUUCAACUCCCAACGCAACCUUUGAAUUCAGAGGAGUGGGAUAAACUUAAGGCAGAUUUAAAAGAAAACACCAGAAAGACCAGUUUCGAAAGUUGGAUCCUUUCACAGAUGGCUGGCUAUCAUAGCUCUGUAGAUGUGGCUAAAUCUCUGCUGGCCUGGGUAGCAGCAAAAAAUAAUGGUAUUGUAAGUUACGAUUUACUGGUCAAGUAUUUGUAUCUCUGUGUCUUUCAUAUGCAGACAUCUGAAGUUAUUGAUGUCUUUGAAAUUAUGAAAGCCAGAUAUAAGACUUUAGAACCUACAGGUUGCAGUCUUCUCAUCCGGGGAUUGAUCCAUUCAGACAGAUGGAGAGAAGCAUUGUUGCUGUUAGAGGACAUCAAAAAAGUUAUAACUCCUUCAAAAAAGAACUAUAAUGACUGUAUCCAGGGAGCUCUCCUUCAUCAAGAUGUAAACACAGCUUGGAAUUUGUAUCAGGAAUUGCUAGGUCAUGAUAUUGUUCCUAUGUUGGAAACUUUAAAAGCUUUCUUUGAUUUUGGAAAAGACAUAAAGGAUGAUAACUAUUCAAAUAAACUACUAGAUAUUCUUUCAUAUCUAAGAAAUAAUCAGCUGUAUCCAGGGGAAUCAUUUGCGCACAGUAUAAAAACAUGGUUUGAGAGUGUUCCUGGAAAACAAUGGAAAGGACAAUUCACCACAGUCCAAAAAAGUGGCCGGUGUUCGGGCUGUGGAAAAACCAUAGAGUCUAUUCAGCUGAGUCCAGAAGAAUAUGAAUGUCUUAAGGGAAAAAUCAUGAGGGAUGUGAUAGAUGGAGGUGACCAGUACAGAAAGACAACACCUUGGGAACUUAAGAGAUUUAAGAACUUCAUAAAAUCUUGUCCUCCUUUUGAUGUUGUCAUUGAUGGUCUCAAUGUUGCCAAAAUGUUUCCUAAAGUUCGUGAAUCUCAAUUUCUCUUGAAUGUCGUCUCUCAACUAGCCAAACAGAAUCUGCGACUGCUGGUCCUAGGCCGGAAGCACAUGCUAAGAAAGUGUUCCCAAUGGAGUCAGGAUGAGAUGAAAGAGGUGCAAAAGCAAGCCAGCUGUUUUUUUGCUGAUAACAUCUCGGAGGAUGAUCCAUUCCUUUUGUAUGCCACACUGCACUCCGGGAAUCACUGCAGGUUUAUCACAAGAGACCUGAUGCGGGACCACAAGGCCUGUCUGCCUGAUGCCAAGACCCAACGCCUAUUUUUUAAGUGGCAGCAGGGACAUCAGCUGGCAAUUACAAAUAGGUUUCCAGGAUCAAAACUAACCUUUCAGCCUAUUCUCAGCUAUGACACAGUGGUGCAAACAACUGGAGACUCGUGGCACAUACCAUAUGAUGAAGACCUGGUAGAAAGAUAUUCCUAUGAAGUACCAACCAAAUGGCUUUGCCUCCACCAAAAGACAUAGAGAUUCUUACUUCUAUGCUAAGUUUGUGUUUGGGUACCCUCUAGGGUUGGCAUGAGAGGCUCUUGAGUUGGUGUUUGUUUAGGGCGUUGCCUCUGUCCUGAAGAUAAAAGGAUUCUGUUAACAGUAUUGACAUUGAUUUUUUAAUGAAAUGAGGUAUAUCUUUUCAUAACCAGCUGCAUUUUUUUUCCCCUAACAUUUGUUUCUGGAGGCUUAUCAAGAGUUGGAGAACUUAGUGUAGAGCAAAACCUGCAUUUCUCCUACUGGGCCAGCUAUUCCACUUAGCUUGGGUGACAAAUAGUGCUUUUGGUAUCCAUUUUUUGCUACUUCUGACCUUGCCUUCCAGGCCUACCAAUAGCAGAAUCAAUCCAUCUGUCCCUGAGAUACUCAUGUUGUUUCAAAUGCCUUCUCCCAUUUCUGGCAUAGUCUCAUUCUCUGUAUGUUAUGCCCUGUCCAUAUGGAAUCAUUUAUCGUCCUCUGUAAUAAACUGGCCAAGAUACUAAA